CAUGCACCGUUGAAAAUCGCUUCCCGCGGUGCUUCUAUCGCCACAAUUUUCAUCAAAACCCACACUUUCUUGUAAACAAGUGAUCAAGGAGGGCUGAGUGAGUUGCCGACUGAAAGAGCCUUUAUGCAUAGAAUCAAUCAAGGACCAUGGGCAAGUCAGGAACGGUUUUGGUAUUAUUAACUCUCUUUCUACUAAAUACACCAUGUGUCGCUAGUAGAAGAGACCGCACCAAAGGUCAGAGAAGAAAGCAAGCUCAUCGUCUCUUGGCCGACGAAGAAGAACAGAGUGAGACUAUUUUUGAGCUGGAACUGUCGACAUCGGCCGAACGGUUUGAAUCAGAUCGUUUUCCAGGAGACGAAUCAUGCCCUUGCCUUUCCUAUGAAGAACUGGCGCCCUACGAACGACGACAAUCCAAACGAAGUUCGGAUAUCCUGGGUGUGGCUACCAACUUUGAGACGUAUGGAGUCAAUUGUGCUCCCCAUGAUUUGAAGACGCCGCUCUGCAGCUCUUUGGAUAGCUGUACCAAUGUGGAACCGCUUCCUCCAGAUUGUGACAAAUCCUUUUGUCAACGAUCCUUUUGCUUUGUGGAUCCACUCAAUUGCUCCCUGUAUCACAAGCCAAGCUCCAUCUUUCCCAACAUUCAUUAUUCCUAUGCUACUUGUGGCUUUAUGGACUCAUUCACCUAUUCCGAACGGAUCAAAUCUUUGUCUGGACGUGUACUCAAAGUUGCUUUGAAUGCCAACACGGGAGGUUGGAUGGGAGCCUAUAAUCAAGAAGGAUCCUUUGCCACAAAUCCGUACUGGACCGGUCCCGUGGUUGACUUUAUGGUCGAUGCCGCCCAAAGAGGAGGAUUCGCAUUCAACGUGACACAACCUCCCAAAUGGAUAGAAGCAGAAGCUGCAAAGUUUUUCGGCAAUAGUAGCUUUGAUCUGUGCGUCUAUGCAACUUCUCUGGGUUUCCUGGAUUUGUGCAUUGGAGCCUACACUAUUACCGACAAACGAGCGUCUGUCACCCCCUUUAUCGAACUGGGAAGUGAUCCAGUCUAUCUUGUCACUUUUGUCGACGACAAAACGGGAGCGAACUAUAUGGAAACCUUUUUCAACUCGUUACUGACCAUCUUUCAACCCUUUACGCCCGGUUCUUGGAUCAUGAUUGCGUUCAUAUGCUUGCCCGUGUUGGGUUUGCUGAUGAUCUUUCACGAAUAUGGGACACCGGGGAGUGCCUUUCCCGACACGCAUGAAGUGAUGAAAACACAUGUCACUACAGGUGAAAAAUCACUCGAGCACCGCAGUAUUCCGAGACGACAACACAUUCCCAAAGCUCUCUACAUGAGUUAUCUGUCAUUCUUUAAUGGUUCCUAUGAUCCCGUGGUGAUUACUGUGGGUGGAAAAAUCAAUCUACUGGCGAUUCUGUCCUUUGUCUUGUUGGUGCUGGCAGUCUACACGGCCAACUUGGCUGCCAUUUUGACGCAGGAUGCUUCCAAAAGCCCCAUUGACAGCUUGGAUAAAGCUAUCAGAGCUAACUAUCAGUUCUGUGCCAGCCGCAAGGUUGCAACCCGAAUUAUUGAUUUGUUUGGCGUCGAUCCGGGUCGAAUUGUCCCGGAUCCCGAGUAUCUAGGAGGAGAUGGCAAACCAGGUUUCAACUGUCGGGAUUGCGAGGCUCGAGAACGAAUUUUUGAUUACAUGACCAAAAGCCAGGACUUUGACAGAUCCAUGUAUUGCAAUGCGGCCUUGGCAUCCUUGGAAGACUUGCAAGUGUUGCAUCGCUACCAAAGUCACUGCGACAAGGCGAAAGUUGGGGAUGUUCUGGCGUACCGAGACUUUGGCAUCCCCAUUGCCAGUUCAGUGUCUGACGAACUCAUGUCGUGGUUGUAUCAAAUGAAGUACGAAGGAGUGCUGGACCGACACAUUUUUGCGGCAACUCCCCAGAGUCAAUGUCCAGAACGGGAAGGAGAAGAGGGCAUUGCAUUGAAUGUGGAACAACUCACUGGUAUCUGGACGGUCGUGUUUGGGUUUGCCUUUGCGGGGCUCAUGGCGACGAUGCUUGGUCCAAUGUUCAAGAAGAAGGACAAAUGGGCGGAAAAGAAACUGAAUCGCUAUGACCAAUGGUGCAAUCCCGUAGAGAAUCCCAUUUUCAAAGAAGAGGAGGAAGAAAUGACCAAUAGUAGACGGUGGGGAGAUGACGAACUUCGUGAACGCAACACCACCAAAAGGAGGGAAAUGGAGCGGUCAAGGAUAACGCAUCUCAGUGCAGGCUUCUGGACGAGUGAAUCGGAAGAAUCUUCCUCAAGUGAGCGAGGAGUAGUAAAACACUUUGUCUCGCCCACGAUGAAACGAAGCAACUCCAAUGACGGCGGUAAUCGCCACACCAACUCGCGAGGUAGUGUCUACAAGAGUUGUAGAUCAUCAUCUGAAAACGGCGAAGGCGAGGACCUGCCAAGAUGAUAGCGAGCGAAUGGUCGGCGGCGCAGAAAUUGCAGAAGUCGUUACAAGAGGGAUGUCAAGAUAGGUCCUGGCAUCCGAGAUAGGUCCCCUGCAAGGGACAUAGUCAUAUACCGGAGCCAGUGGCUCUGUAGAUCGAUAGUCUAAACAAUUCAUAAGUUACACAAACAAACAAACAAACCCAAAGCAGCCUACUAGAUCUAUCAUAGGGCAGCCAUGGAAAAAGUGGGAAUUGUAGCUGAAUUUGUCUACAAGGGAUAUCUCUCUAGAGGGCAAUGAAUUCGUAGUAUGCAUAGUAGAAAGCGGGAGCGCCAGAUCAAAAUGGUCAAGGAUCGCCAGCGCCCAAGAAUGAGAAAACCUGCACGGCGCCUUUUCAAAAAGAAAAAUGCUCAUCAUGUUCUCCUGGU